AGCUGCGACGCGAAGCUGAAGCGCGCUGAUUGGCGGAGCGAGCAGCCCAUCAUUUUUUUACGUUCGGGAAAAACCGCCCGAGCUAGUUAAGUAACGCGAAGAAGCGCGGCCUCCCAGAUCUGUCAAAAUGAGUUUACGGAAACAAACCCCAAGUGAUUUCUUGAAACAAAUUAUUGGAAGACCAGUUGUUGUAAAGUUGAAUUCUGGAGUUGAUUAUCGAGGUGUUCUGGCUUGCUUGGAUGGGUACAUGAAUAUAGCUCUGGAGCAGACAGAGGAAUAUGUAAAUGGACAACUAAAGAAUAAAUAUGGGGAUGCUUUCAUCAGAGGAAACAAUGUUUUGUAUAUAAGUACACAGAAGAGGAGAAUGUGAGCAUACCUGAAGAUGGAACAUUUUUGUAUUGCAACUUUAGUUUCUUAACAUUAUUUUGUUUGUUACUGGCAACUCUUCAGUGAACAAGGUUAUUUCAUUCUGCUGUAAAAGUUACAUGGCCUGUAAGAAAGGAUGGUUGUUUUUUAUAUGUAAAAACAAAAUGGAAUAUUGCUGACAGAGUUUGGAAUACAUCUUGUGUUAUAAUUUGGAAUGAAAUAAACUUGGAAAAGAAUAUGA